CAAGUUCGCCGCUUCUUCGCUCACUCUCUCUUUCUCUUUCUCUCUCUACUCUCACUCGUCUGCUUCCUUCUCUGUCUCUGGUUUAUUCGCAGCCAUGUCGGACGAGGAGCAUCACUUCGAGUCUAAAGCCGAUGCCGGAGCUUCCAAGACCUUCCCUCAGCAAGCUGGUACCAUCCGUAAGAACGGUUACAUUGUUACCAAGAACAGGCCUUGCAAGGUUGUGGAAGUUUCAACCUCCAAGACUGGCAAGCAUGGACAUGCUAAGUGUCACUUCGUUGGUAUUGACAUCUUCACUGGGAAAAAGCUUGAAGAUAUCGUUCCAUCUUCCCACAACUGUGAUGUCCCACAUGUCAACCGCACUGACUACCAGCUGAUUGACAUCUCUGAGGAUGGAUUUGUGAGUCUUCUGACUGAUUCUGGUGAUACCAAGGAUGACCUUAGGCUCCCAACCGAUGAAAAUCUGCUUAAGCAGAUCAAGGAUGGUUUCGCUGAGGGUAAAGAUCUGGUUGUGAGUGUUAUGUCUGCAAUGGGAGAGGAGCAGAUUUGUGCCCUUAAGGAUAUUGGCCCCAAGUAAUUGGCUAAUUGUUCUUUGAAUUUAAUGCUGAAAAGUGGAACUUUGUUGAGAUACUAUAGUAUUUUUGGUUUUCUUAUUUAUAAGGGGUUUGUGUACUUAAUCCACCUACCAUUCUUAAAGAUGUGGUCAAAACUACUAGAUGACGUGAUUUGGAAAGUACUAUGUAGGUGUUAACCAUGACUUAUUCCGUGGUGUGAUAAAGUUAUAUUUGCCAGUUCUGCUAUUUAUCCGCUUAACAUAUGCUGUGGUCUUCAGACCUUUUUUCGUUUGCAA